AGCCUCGGUAGCGGGCAGGGUGCGAGCGUGUCUGUCGGGGAGGUGGCAGGCUCCGCAGUGUGCUGAGCAGGAACGGGAAGAACACCGGGUCAAUUUUAUUGGUGGAUAGAGAAGGAUGAUGGCAGGCACUAACCAGCUUUGCAUUCGACGUUGGACUACUAAGAACGUGGCCAAGUGGCUGAAGGAAGAAGGCUUCUGUGAAUAUGUGGAUGUUCUGUGCAAUAGACACAGGCUAGAUGGAAUUACACUUCUGACACUUACUGAGUAUGAUUUGCGAUCCCCGCCUUUGGAAAUCAAAGUCUUGGGGGAUAUCAAAAGGCUGAUGUUGUCCAUACGUAAACUACAGAAGCAACACAUUGAUGUACUAGAAGAGCUGGGUUACAACAGUGAUAGUCACGUUGGCACAGCAUGCCCAAGUGUUGGUUCACUACAAGGUACAGAUUGGUUUUGUAAUGGUGAAGUACCUCGGGACUAUGAUGGACCAAUUACUGACUUGAAUGGUGAUCAGUAUCAAUAUGCAAAUGGAAAAAACAAACACUCUACCCGAAGACUGGACCCAGAGUAUUGGAAGACAGUUUUAAGUUGUGUUUAUGUCUUCAUAGUGUUUGGCUUUACAUCAUUUGUUAUGGUUAUAGUACACGAGCGAGUACCUGACAUGCAAACAUACCCACCUCUACCAGACAUCUUCCUAGAUAGUGUCCCUAGGAUACCAUGGGCUUUUGCUAUGACUGAAGUAUGUGGCGUAAUUCUUUGCUACAUUUGGCUGUUGGUUCUUCUGCUUCACAAACAUAGAUCUAUACUUCUGCGAAGGCUAUGCAGCCUCAUGGGGACAGUAUUCUUACUACGUUGCAUUACAAUGUUUGUUACCUCACUCUCUGUGCCAGGCCAGCACUUGCAGUGUACUGGAAAGUUGUAUGGCAAUGUUUGGGCAAAACUCCAGCGGGCAUUUGCAAUAUGGAGUGGCUUUGGAAUGACACUGACUGGAGUACAUACAUGUGGAGAUUAUAUGUUCAGUGGCCACACUGUCGUCCUGACCAUGCUGAACUUCUUUGUCACAGAAUAUACGCCAAGGAGCUGGAACUUCUUGCACACCUUGUCUUGGGUCCUGAACCUUUUUGGAAUCUUCUUUAUUUUGGCUGCACAUGAACAUUAUUCUAUAGAUGUAUUCAUUGCCUUUUAUAUCACUACAAGACUCUUUUUGUAUUACCAUACGCUGGCUAAUACUAGAGCAUAUCAACAAAGUAGGAGAGCAAGGAUCUGGUUUCCGAUGUUUUCUUUUUUUGAAUGCAAUGUUAAUGGUACAGUUCCCAAUGAGUAUUGCUGGCCCUUUUCAAAACCUGCUAUACUGAAAAGAUUGAUUGGCUGAAGAGCAUGUGGGUCAAUUCAGAUUUUUAUGAAGUGUUAUGACUAAGAUCCCACAAGGCUAGUUGUGGGGGGGAUGUAAAGUAACACUUUUCACUCUGUGAUCUCCUCCUUGCCUUGUUUCUUAGAUUCUUAGCCAUAAAAUGGGGUUUUUUCAUACUUCACAGGGAUGUGUUUUGUUUUCUUGUUGCUAAAAUAGAAAACAGUGGAGGGACUGGUAAAGGCCAUCAGUGAACAUGAAUAUAAACCAGAAUACUGUUACCCUUAGUAAGGUUCUAUGUGAAUGUUUAUGUAACUGCAACCUCAAAUAGGUGCUUGUACUGACUAGAACAUGCCCCUUACAGGUCCAGAUAAUCUCCGUUACCUGACAUGCCAGUCUUUACAUAUACUGACUAAAAAAAUUAGAACUUUAUGAAGACGUUCUUUUAAAGCAGUCAUAAUUUCUAAACAAACUCUGUGUAUACUUAAAGAUUGAGGAGUACUGUGUCAUAAUGAAGUAAGCAGUAUAGGUCCUUGCUAAAAGGGUCUCUUAACUGUGAAGUAACGAGUCUUAAAGUAUAAUUGACAGUAUAAGUGGUCUGCAUACAGGUUGCCAAAAAUGAAAGUCUGCCUUGUGGCUGUGCAGUGAUGAUAUUCUUUUUAAUGAGAGCUUAUUUAGUCUAGUCUAUCAGUUGUCUAUAUGGUUGUUCUAGCACUUGGAAGUUUUCCCUUUUGUGUUUAAAUAAAUAAGUUAAAGUAAAUGCUACAUCCACUGAAAGUGAAGUUAAUUUAGCUUUAGUGAGUUUGAAGCCACAAAAUAACUCUUGUGUGGUUUUAAUUGCUUUAUACCCAAACUUGUGCAUGCUUUUUAGGAGCAGCUCUUUAACAUUGGAAAAACAGAACAGUUAUCUUCAUAUAUCUUACUGUCCCAUAAAUGAUGGGGAAAAUGCAUGUAGUAACUCUUUCAGGAAAAGUAAUAAUAGUGAGUAUUGGAAAUAGUGCUCAUAUUGAUGUAUGUUUUAGCACUCUGGUGUCAAAAAUAUGGUGAAUAUCUCUGGAUAUAUAUACACGGUAUAUUUGUUUAUAUAUAUAUAAAUGCGCAGUGUAUGUUCUCCUAACAAGUAUGAGAAGAGAUUAGUUCUUAAUUUAAGUUGAUAAUUUAGUACACUGAAAGAUAAAAGUACCAUAAACAGUUGAGUUUUGGUUGUUUAAAAGAAAAAAAAAAACAAAAAACAAAACAAAAAAAACCCACAACAAAACACCCCCAAACCAACACACUCAAGUCUAUAAUGCCUGAGCAAGGCUCACACGGUGAUCUCUUAUGUGGUGGUUUGUAAGGGGACAAUACUAAUGUUGGCUGUAGAGACUUUAGAGUUAUGCUAAUUGAAAACUGAUAGGUAGAAGGUGCAAAUAAUAAAAAUGGUAUAGACCUUUUAAUUUGGUUACUGCAACUUCAGAACGGCUGGUAUGUGCAAAAGGUAGUGUAAGUCAUCCUUGGAAAGUUAUGCAAAGCAUUUCCAGCUUGGUACAAGCAGACUUAAUGGCCACAGUGUACUUAUGUUUGCAUGGAGGAGAAUCCGUUUGGAACUUCACAAGACAGUUUUGUAUUUGGAGGCUUGUAACCUACUCCUUGCUGUAUUGUGUUCUUUUUAUAAACCUGGACUGUACUAACUUGAUUAUCUUCCACUCUUCGUAGUAUAUUACUUUGUAACUUAAUCUAGCUUCUAUUCCACAAAGGAAUUGUGCAUCUUAGAGUAUCUCUGCCAAUUGUAUUGAGCACACGUACACUGUACUAUUAGGUAGACCUUUAUAUUUGUAACAUUCCAAUUUUUUAGCAAAAAUGUAGGUUUAAUACUACAUUGUGCAACCUACCAUAGACUGACGGCUCUUGCCGUCCAAAUUGGGGGGGGUAUGCUUACACUUAAGAAGAAAAAGGAGAAAAUAUUCUGAAAUAUUUAGGCUUUUCAUUUGCUGUUCUUACCUUUAUGAUUUUGGAAAGGCAAUUUGAACAUUCCUCUUGAGACUUUAUAAUCAAAGAGUUCUAUUAAUUUGUAUUUGCCUUUGCAAUGCACACACAGUUAUGAAUGCUACUUUUUAAUCUCUAGGAAACAUCUGUUCUCAGGAUGUGCAGGAUUGUAUUCUGAGUUAUGAUAUGUGGAGAGGUAUGCAAUUAAACUUGAUAAACUGUUGAUUCUGAAAAGAACCAUGUCGGUGCUAACUGGCACAGCUGUGUCUAAACUGAAAACCUAUUUUGCGCCUUAGACAUGCAGGAGAAUUUUCAAGUACAGCCCAGUGUAACAAUGUUUACAUGAAGUAAAGCUAUCAUUUCAAUACUAUUUUCCUAAAAAAUUAAGUUCAUAUACUUUGAAACAUAAGGCUUCUCUCUUUCUUCUAAUUUAAUUUUUCAAAUUCUGUUCAGUAAAUCCAUGUUUUAAAUCAGCAUUGCCUAUCAGUGUUUUUUAAAGGAAGCUUGUUCUUUUAUGCUGUUUCCCUUGAUGCUAAAUAUCUGAAUUCAAGAUAAGUAAUACACAGAGGUUGAUUUUUGUGAGCAUUGGAAUGGAUUAAAACAUUGUCAGGAUAAUUCUCCUCAUCUAUUUUGGAAGUUCAUUUUGUCUGUCUAUAAACAUGCAAGAGGAAGGCUUGAGGUUGAUAGAAGAAAAUAAAAUCUGAUCUCACAUGCAAAAGAGCACAGGUCAACCUGUAAAGUUAAUGUAAGCUUUAUUGUUAAAUAGAUGGAAACUGACAGGCUUAAAAUUCUGUAUCUCCUUUUUAAACAGUCAGUGUUUUAGAAGCAUUUUGCUGCUUUUCUGCUGCUGACACUUUUAAGUAAAGGCAGCGGAGCAUUGCUGGGCCUUGAAUUUAAUGCUAAGUAUGUUCAGGGUUGCCCUUCUUCCUUAUGUUCACGCACCAGUGUUUUUGCUGUCCUUUAAUUUACUGCACCUAUUUUGUGCAAAAUCAUCUUGUGGUCUGUGGGAGUGCACACGUAAUCUGAAUUCUGAGUAAAGAAUGCAUUAUUGUGUUAUGCCAGCAAGUGCAAGUGUCUAAUGUUAGUUGAGUACUACAAAAUGCAUAGACUAAUUGAGUAGAAAAGUCUUAACUGAAUAACACUGGAUAUACAAAAGAAUGAGAGGGUCGCAUUUUUUUGGUAACCCAGCAAAUCUAAUAAUAUUUGAGACUUGACAAUAGUCUUGAGCUCUUCAUUAUUGUUAUGUUUGGGGAUAUGUAUGCACAUACCUGCAAGUGAUAGACACAUAGGCACUGCCUGCCUUUUUUUUUUUUUUUUGGUAAAUUAUGACACAGCUUCUUAUAAUAGCUUUUCUAAACUUUUUGCCUUUAGUUUUUCCUUUCUAGAAGAUCCCUUAAACUAGGGGUUUUAUUACAUUACACCUGCAUACAGAAAUUAGACUUUCAUAUAUGCAUAUUUUAGCAAAUUCUGACUAUGCUCCCAAAGGCUUACAGAAGGAUCUUUAAGCAAGGUUCCUCCAACAGUUUUUGAAUAGUGAUAUAGAAUGUUUCCACAUAUGCUGAUUAUCUUCAUGUCCUCUGGCAAACAAGGUAACUUACCCGGUGUGUUGGUACAGAAAUGUAGAUAGGUCUGAAGUAUUUUAAUGUUCAAGACUAGCAAGAAUUGGAUCCUGUAAAGAUAGUGCUUAUGAUGAAGCAAAUUAUAUGCUUCAAGCAAGUCACUAAAUAUUCUUGACUUCAGGGAGGGUUACCACUUUAGUUUAAGCAUGGCAUGAUAUACUGCUACAGUAAUGGAAAUAGGUAAUGUCACUUUCUUUUUGGUUUUCCUUGAUUUUCCCUGCCUCCUCUCUCUACUAUAGAAAAAAACAUUCCAGUAGAAUUUCAAAGAAAUUACUACUAAACAGAUUUAUUCUCAGAACCCAGUUAAAAAAAAAAAAAAAAAAAGCAUCAAAAUAAAACCUUGAUAGUUUGCUGCUUUAAGAAGCAAGAGUCAGUUAAAUGAUUUUUUUUUUUUUUUUUUUAAAAGGAGUUUUUUGAUGCAAGCAUGUUAAAUAAGGUUAUUUAGAAGUACUGAAACCUUUCAAUGAUGAUAAAGGCACAGGUUCCUAUACACUUCUGUAUGGCUGUCUCAUACAGUGCCAAAAAGAGUAGUGAAGGGAAAGAGGGAAGGGUUGAACUCAGACAUCAGUACAAGUCUCUUGUAACAGUUAAUAUCAUCUUGGGGCUUUUAAGCAGUGCUUGCAUAUUUAGUGCUACACUUCUUCAUUACUGUUUAGUUAGUUUUUUUGAUGUAUGAAUGUCCACUAGGUUUUCAAGCACUGAAACUGUUGUGGAGCUGAGUCUUAAUCAUUAAGUAUACAUUUGAAGAAAUAGUAGAUGACUUAGGAAAAAAAGGAGGGUUUUGUGGACCUGGAGUAUAACAGAAGCUUAACUAGGAUAGCUUUUUUUUUUUGCUGUCCAUGUAGUUUCUACUGAAGAGUUGGUGAGAAUUCGCAGUAAUCUACAGACAAUAUUGAUUUUUCUGGGUGUUUUGAAUAAUGUAGGAUACAUUUAUAGAAACUUAACUAUAAAACCCAUCAUAGUCUUGUCAAGAUGGAAGUAUAUUUGGCAGAAGUCCUAGCAGUGAGACAGCUCACCCUCUGAAUUGUUUUGUGCAUGUAGACUUUAUAAGUCAAUGGUUAAUUGAUAGACCACUGAUGAUUCAUACAAAUGAUACACUUCUGAUGUUUCUUGACAUUGCCAGUAUUCUAACUUAAACAGUAUUUCUGGAGAAAAAAAGUCCGUUGGAGUGAACCUACUGAUGCCUUGUUCAUUAUAUGAAGAAAAACACCAGAGAACCCUUCACAACCCCUCAAACACUGUAGUAUUGUGAACACUGAACUUUCCAUAUAGCAGUCUCCUGUGUACUUAAAAUUUGUAUCUUAAGAAAUUUGCAGUGAGUAUUAUGUAUGUAAUUCAGUGGCAUGCACAUUUUUAAAACUUGUUUGUAAUAGGUGUGUAAGAACUUAAGAUGGUAAAUGUGGAGCACAGUAACCUGACUUAUUAGCCCAGUGACUGCGUAGUUAGAAAGACUAAUUGUAACUUAGUUUUCCUCUUUCGGUUCAGUUCAGUCAAAUAUGAGAAAUUUGUCCAAUAUGAGAAACCAUAAACUGCAUUGUACAUGGUACUUAACAGGGAUGUAUAAACAUGGCUUUUCACACUGAACAGUUACUUAAAUUUUGUUCUGACAGAGAAAAUAGUAUUACCUAAUGACUAGAAGGUAUGGCAGUGAAGUUUAAAGUGAGUACUGUAAAUAAGUAAAUAUUGUUUUGAUUCUAAACUCAGAUUGAAUUAAUAUAUUGUUUUAUAUAUCUGUUGUAUUAAAACAUAUUUAAAAGUACUAAAAUAAAAUAUUUGAAAGAUGACAAGUGUUUGAUUUAUAUAUAAAAUGAUGUCUCAUUAUCUCUGUUAACCUUUUGAACAUAAAAGCAUACCUGAGUAAUCUAGGUUUUAGAGUUGUUUUGCUCCAAAGCUGUUUUACUGGUGUGAAAAUGCAUGCUGCAUAGUGCAUAUAUCAGUGUGCCUAAUGUUUUUGCCAGUUGUAAAUUGUUUUGGCAAAUCACUUAAAUAUCUUUGUUAUUAAAAAGUUAGAAAAUGUGUUCCAUCUUGUAAGAUCUCAGGUAUGACGAGGGCUUUCAAAGACUCUUCAGCUGAGGUAAAUUUAGUGUCUCUAGCUGUUGGUGGUGAAUAGUGUUACAGUAAAUCACGUUUUUAAAAACUGUUGGGAAAACUGUGAAAGAGUAAAGUUAACUUCUGAAAACUUA